UUAGAAUGCAUGUAUAGGGUGUAUUUAAUAGUAAAACGGACAACAGACCCGACGGAUUCCGCGCGUGAUUCGGUGAAUUUAUAUGACACCGGACUGACGGAACCCAACAGUAAAUGUAGCAAAAAUGCUUCAAUUAAUUAGAUCAUUGCGUGUCCUUCUCUUCGUCUCGCCUCUGUUUCUGGUGCCGGAAGCUCAGUUUUUCGACACAGGGUCAGCAUCCCUUGGCAGAGCUCCUGUGGGCUUCAUUUCAAGGGUUGGAGUGUUUGGAGAUAGAGAAAAUAUUGCAUCUUUAGGAAAUUCUCCAGUAGGGGUAUACCAGAGACGACAAUAUCCACCUCAAGCAUGGUAUCAAGCCCCUAUUGUCGAAGUACAUCGUCCUGCAAGACCUCAGGUGCGUCCAGCUGUUAGACCUGGCUGCUCAUUACCAGGGCCAUGCCAUGACCGUGUGGUCAGACCUGCCCGGCCACCACCUGCACGUCCAGCAAAACCUCAAGUCCGACCACCACCGAAACCUGCAGUACGUCCACCUGUUAAACCUCCCUGCCGAUCAUGCGGUGGUCAAAAAGGCAAACCUGUCCGGCCACCACCGACCCGUCCUGAUCCCAAACCAGUCGUUCGACCGCCUAAAAUUCCUACACCUUUCGUUACUAGAAUACCAAAAACCAACAAAGCACAUUCUAAACCAGGAGCCAUUGAGGGAAGGAAUUCCGGAGGAUUACUUGGAAGUCUCUUGGGACCAUUAUUAGGUUAAAAGUUGGUAAGGAUAUCUACUUUCUUCCCCCACCCCCUUUCUUGAAACUGCAUCAAAGAAGACGACAAGAUCCACACAGAAUGAGCAUUCACUACCUUUGCCAUACAAAAUCGAAUCUAAUUCCAAUAUAUCUGUGUUUUUUUUCUAACAGUUAUUGAACUUUGAAGCUAGCAAGUCAUGAAUGACACGAUCCAU